AUGACAAAUGUAUUGCGAAAACUAAAUGACCAGCAAUUUGAUAAAAUAGCGAUCGUAUCAGUGAUUGGACCGCAUUUCGAGGGAAACACUUUCACUGCUAAUCUCAUAUUGAAUUACCUGCAACGACGAAACAGUGGCCACACUUACCCUGAUCAGUGGCCGCGCGAUCUGAUACUUAGAUAUAACAGUGGGUUCAAAAGUAUUGAAAAUGACCCGGAUGAUCGUGGUCAACAAAAAUGUCCGGGCGUUGAGAUGUGGUCCGAGCCGUUCAUUGUUCGCGACGGCACUACACGAGUGGCCGUACUGUUAGUGAAUGUGCAGAACUUUGCGUACACUUUAGCCGAUCUGAUCCGAGGCGACACUUCACUCAUUCACAUGUUUCGACUCAUAUUAAGCGUAUCCACAAUUGUGGCCAUCAAUAAACCGGGUCUUAAGAAAUACCCCGACAUGUCUGGUGACAAAUAUAAGCUGUGGAUCCAUUCAUACGAUUAUUUGCUCAGAACAUUAACCAAAUGGGAAGGCAGUGAUUGCGAGACACUUAUGGCCAACGGUUCGCAAAUUAGCGAUCGAUCAGAAAAUUACCGAAAACUUUCGGAAGAGUUUAAUAAAUUCAGCGCUUAUUUAGUCUCGUGUCCAACAAAUGACGUCAAGAAUAUUGACUGGAAAUUACGUGAACUUUGCCCGCAAUAUGUGGACCAAAUGAACACAUUUAUACGCAUAAAUGCGCUCGAUGUCGAUAAUCGUUUGAAUGGCAUUACAUUUACUAACACCGAUCAGCUAAUGAAAGUGAUCAUGGGCAAAAUUCAAGAGUUGAAUAAUAAUAACAGCGUAAACACCGGCCCAACACAUGAACCCGAUUUGGUGCCGGAGAAACCGCCGACACCGACACCUCUUAUCGUAUCAAAUGAACGGCAAACGCCCCGAACGAGCGGACAAUCACCGGUCAAUCACUCGCCACCGCUGGGAGUCAAUAGCGCCGGCAGUUGCGAUGCGGCCACCGGUGCUGCCAAUGGCGCCGACAAUGAUGUGUCUGAGAGUCAAUCCGCAAAUGAGUCCGUAUUUGGCGAUCAAUUGGUGACAGAAUUGAAGGAAAGUUUCACGAAAUCAAUUCAAACCAAACUCAACGAUAGGUUUGAGCCAAAUAUGAAAUGCAAAAGUUUUGACAAAUUUUUUGCUACCAUCGAGAGUAACAUUAAGGCCGCAUUUAAUCAGCGAUGGAAUGGCGACAAAAAAUUGAAGGCACGGUAUUCGCGAACUUUGGAUAAGUUUAUGGACGACCGGAAAGUGAUUUACGCUAACUUUGACUCAAAUUAUAACUCAUUUGUGGCCAAUUGUGAACAUCUGUGCGAAUCGGACGUGUAUUUCAUAAACGAAACACAAUUGAAACAGUUUUUACUGACGGAUGAAAAGAUCAAAGAGUUCGGGACAUUUACUGACGAAACUUUCCACAAACAACACAACACUGUUUGCGACACUAUUUGGACGCGCGUUGCGGACAGACUAUCAUUAAAACAACGCAAACCCAGUGUUAUUAAUACAUGCAAAGAGAGUUUUGAUCGUUACAUAAGAUCGGUGCACCAAGUUCAUUUGGCAAACAAUCAACAAAAUCACCAGUUUGUCAUCACAGAAAUGAACAGAAUUCUAUUGCAUUGUCACCGAAAGUAUUGCACACAAUUUGAAGCCAAACUUAUCAAGAGUACUUUUAUAAAGCGCGUUGAAUUUGACCACGAGCAUAAACAGCUGUUGGAUCAAUUAUGGUCAGGACAGGAACAGCUAGUGAUGGCCUAUAAGACACGGUUUGCCGACACAUAUUUGCGGGAAAUAUGCGCUAAGAAUCGGGAAAAUAUUGCGCUGAAUAUCAAUCACUCGAAAGCGAAAUACUGGGCACUCAAUGAACGCAAACGAAACAAAACUCAUACACUUAUUAUGGACUUUGAGAGCAAACCAAUUGUCGUUUAUUAUGUCGACCAAACGUUAGGCUCCGUUGACUUUUGUGAUCCCAACGGUCACCUCGAGUCUAAUUGCGUUGUGUUUGGCGGACAGAAUAUGCUAUACGGGAGGGAAGCCGAGCAACACCUGAAUGGACACACGUUUGCCAUCAAAGACCUGAUGGGAAGGGAUGUGACGGACGAUGAACUCAAUCGCUAUCCCUUUGAUUUUGUGGACAAACGGCACCCAAAAGUACGGCUCGUAUUUGAAAAAGAGAUGAAUAUUGAGUUAUAUAUCGAGUCAUUGCUUGCAUCACAAGUAUUGGACGCGAAGACUAGUGUUGAACAGGUGUAUGAAAACUACAUGAAAAACGUGGUAUUUAUUUUGUCAACGGAUUACACCAUAAGGAAAUUGAACGCAUUCAGGGACGCGGCGACAAUCGCGGGCAUUGAACAUGUUCAGUUUAUAACCGAAAUGACCUCGGUUGCCGUUAACUUUGGCUUAAAUCUCAGUAAAUAUAAACGAAACACACAUUUCCCGGACGUGUUUAUCAUUUUAUUGACUGACAAUGUCUGUGAGUUAGCACUCGUUGAAUACAAAGACAUGAGUGUUAAAUACAAUGCAUACAAACGGGUGGACAUCGACUGGCCGUCAAGUGGUGACGAUUUUAGUGCCGUUAACAACACAUUAAGCGAAUGCACGCAAAAGUUAUUCAAACAAUUCCGGCUUUCAAUGUUGACAAAAGGCAUCAACAAAAUAUAUCACUGCUUUAUAGUGGGUGACACGGACCAAACGGAGGCCAUUGAUUUUGAGUUUCUGAAUGAUUAUUGCUCUCAAAAGGCCAUGGACGAUUGGGAUGCCAUUAGGAUCGGUGCCGUGUAUUAUAGCAAUUACUACGAAACCAAUGGCCAUAACAUACCCAUCACUGGAGUGUUGUUUAGGGAUAUCGUUUGUCAUAUCAGUUCUGGACAUAAAAGCAAAACAUUACUGCACGCUAAUCAUGUGCCACAGAAAAACAACCAUGUUAAGUAUAAGUUAUACAAAUCGGAUCCGUUCCCGAUUACUGUCCGCAUUACCGAAGGCCCCGAUUCGGUGAUCAAAGAGUAUGUGCUGAGCGAAUACCCCACCCGUUCUCUGCCCUAUCAAACCCUCUAUAUUGACGUAUUCGCCACAAUUGGUGCCAACAAUACGUUGAACAUAAGUGUGCAAAUUGACACAGAUAUUGGCCCAUCACUUGCCCAUUGGCAUUUCACCCAACGCAACUACAGUUUGACCGAGUGUCAAAUCAGUGAACAAACAGAGCUCGUGGCAAACCUCGUCAAACCGGUCACUUUGGACACCCAUUGCUCGCCCGUUAAGUCAACUAUCGAUGACUGCGAUUACUAUUCAAACGACACAAACGCUAUGACAUUCACUACUAAUGAGACAAAAAGUGAUGCAAACAAUGACUGUGUUAUAACUGGUGAAUACAAACGCUCAGCACCAGUCACUAAACAGAGGCCGUCAGUGACUGAGAAUGAGCUGGAUGCAUUUGUCACGACACUCAUUGAAAAGUACACAGAGCUAAUAUCGCAAUUGUUAGACACGUGCGAUCUGGAAACACAGGCCUAUGAGAGAAAGUCACGUGAAGUACGUAAUCAGGCAUUGAAACAAUUUGACACCGAGUUUGGCCGCAAAGAACCGCAACAGUUGGUGACCAACCAGAGACUGACACUAAUCGCACGUUUGGACAGCGAAGACAUGGAGUGUAUGACUAAAGCGAAGGAAAUGAUGGCUAAAAGCGGUCAGAAUUUACAGGAAUUGCUUGAGUCGUGUGUCAAAGAGUUUAACGACAAAAUGAUUGCAGCCAUCGAUGAGGACAUUGAGAACAACGCUAUGACUAAUAAUUACGACAAAAUCUAUACUACGAAAAUGUGUCGUAAGAGCAUAGACUAUACAAGAUAUGUAUCGGACGGACGGCUCCGGGAUAUGCAACGAGAGGCAGAAGUGCCCAACACUUUGCUCUCAAAUUCACAACUUAUGGAAAGACUGCAUAAAAUGUAUGACAAAAGUUACCGCUAUUUCACCACUGCUUUGGACCAAAUACGCCAUGGUGAAGAGCAAUUGGUCAACAGCGCCAUCGAGUUAACAAUUGUGAGAUAUCGGGAUAUAUUUCGCCGGCUAUUAAUGUCCAAGUUUUAUAUCCCGUCCGAUUUGAACGCCAUUCACAACCAAUUAGUGUCCAAAUGCUUGGCAUUGUUAGCGCACAACUGUACGUUCACAUCAGCCCAAAGUGACCUCGAGGACAGGUGUGUCCGAAAGUGUAAGGGUCAAUUAAGUGACACUUUCACCCAGAUUAAGGGGGACUAUACGGCAAAAUUGCGGCGUUUAUUCGCAUUAAACGUUAAUCUCGUGAGAGAUAUGCACCGAAAGUAUUGCCAGAAUAUCUCUCCAAAGCAUUUGGACUUUAAUUUUAUAGCAAUCAAUGAAUUGCAGCGUUUGCUCGAAAGCGAGAAAAGCGAAACAAUGGCCAGAUUUGGACAACAAAUGGACGCACUUCGUGUCGAAUGGGACCCCCAUUUGGUUGGUAAUGUGGACCGAACGCUGAGGGGUCGGCUCGACCAGGAAUUGGUGGACCAAAUACGCGAGUAUGAGCUGAAGAACUUUCGCAACGCGUCGGGCGCCGGCAAUAUCGGUGUCUACUUUGAGCGCCGUGUGAUAGUGACCGGCUAUUAUGAUCAAUACAAUCGCGCCGUACAAUUUGUGCCAAAUGACAUUGAUGCCAAUGAUAACCACAGCAAGCAUUAUGUGGACAAUUGUAUUGCAUUCAACAAUAAUAACUUUAUAGUCGGCAGAAAAGCCAAACAGCAAUUGACAGCAAAUAGUUUGAACACCGAGUUUGAUGUGAAAGACCUGUUGGGUAGGGAUCGGGUGGACACCGAAGAACUCAAGCGAUACCCUUUUAAGUGGUGCUCAGUCUCGCCGCCGAGAGUUCAUCGACAGCCUAACGAACUUAAGUGUGAGAAUGACUGUCUGCUCGUCGAAACAUUGGUGGCCCUACAGGUGCUCGACAGGGCUAAGACUGCGAUGAAAACACUUCCACAGAGGGCUGUGUUCUGUGUGCCCACACGUUAUAACACUAAACAGAGGCGCGCGAUGUUAGACGUGGGCCUAAUCGCAGGCUUUGACCGAAACAAUGUCCAUAUUGUCAAUGAAAUGACUGCCGCAGCCAUCGCUUACGUCAUCGACACUCGCCGUAAAUCAAUUGUUUCAGAGAUUAUCAUAAUAUUUGCAAUUCAUGACAAUCACUGCGAGUGCGGACUCAUUGAAGUGGACAACAAUUGCAUUAAACAUCUGUCCUAUGGAGUUGUGGAUCUCAAUAAUUUUAAUCACUUUAUUAACAACACUUUAUGGCUAAAACGUGUGGACAAAUGUGACUUAAGCCGAGUUGUGGUGAUCGGCCAUUCGGACCAAAUACCCGACUUUAAAGAAGUGAUUAAAGCCGAAAUCGCCGCCGACUUUGCGACCAAACAGAACAUACUGUAUGCGUGCGAUCCGACACAAGUGAUAGCGAAGGGAACCGUAUAUUACGGGCAAAUGAUGGACAAAAAGUUGGACACUAUAGAUGUGCGCGAGAUUAUGAGGACACCGAUCAAUCUGCUGAUCCAGAAGAAUAACGACAAACAAACCAUUGAAUCCUAUGAGAUGAUCCCUAUGAACCCCAACCCCAACCAAUAUCAACAACUAAAUGAGAUUAAGGUCACAAUAAAUAGCAAAAGUUUCCCCAUUAAACUGUGCCAAAUGGAGGGCGACACCGUUGUCAAAACGUUCAUGGUGAAUGACAAACCGAGCAAGUAUUGGUUGGCCGACACAAUGAUUCCGUGGACUAAACUGACCGUCCGGUACCGUAUGGAUCGGGACACUCUUGGCGUGUGUUUGAAUGCCACGUUGAAACCGACGUAUGGCUCCGAGUCGGCCGUAGACCUCGACAAAGUGGACGAAUACGGUCUCAGCUAUCAGUGUAUUACCGGUCAGCGAAUCAUAUUACGUGAAUUGGGUGUUUUGGGCACCGGUUCAGUGCCUGCCAUAGCGGCCACCAAUCGGCACCAAUCAAUGGCCGCGAGAGUCCAAUCUGUUGGCUCGGCAUCACUAACCCCGGGGCCAUCCCGUGUGGCCUCAGUUCCCAAUGCGAUAUCCGCGCCACCGAUGGCGACGGCCGUCGCCGCCGAUGCCGUACAAGAGUUUAGCCAAUUGUGCGCCGCUAUUAGGGUCCGACUCGAGACGUGCGGUGCGAUCGCCACCAAAAAGCGGAAAAUUGCUGAAAAACUCUUGGAUUGCGAGAAGUGUUUCAAAACUGAUGCCAAGACAUUGGAGGAACAAAAACAGCAAUUAUUCCGAUUGAUUGAUGGCUACAAUUUGAGAGACAAACUGAUCACGAACUAA